AUGUUCAAAGGCCUUAUUGUUCUUUUGUUGCAGGAGCAUACGUUGGUUGGGCGCACUGAUGCAGCAGUUCAACAGGAUAUCCAUCUCAGUGGUCUGGGCAUUAUGCCUGAGCAUUGCAUUGUCGACAUUGUUGCCAAUAAUGAUGUCUACCUCACCCCUCUUGAAGGAGCAAGAACAUGUGUGAAUGGAUCAGUCAUACAUCAGAGAACCAAAGUCAAGAAUGGGGACCGAAUCCUCUGGGGGAACAACCAUUUCUUCAGAAUAAAUCUGCCCAAAUCAAACAAAGCCAUUUGUGCAAUUGAGAAACAAUAUGAAGAAGAUAAGCAAGAGGCCCUAGAACGUCAGCGGCAAAUGUAUGAGCGGCAGAUGCAGAUGUUACGCAAUCAACUGGUGUCCCCUAGCACGCCCUCAUUCCCUUUCCCACCUUUUGACCUCAACCGAGUGACCCCAAGUAAUUCCACACAGAGCAGCAUUCAAAGAAAGUAUCAACAAUGGGCACAAGAGAGAGAAAAGUUAUUUAAACAAAGCCUAGCUAAGCUACGUGAGGAAGUCAUCAAAGCCAAUACUUUAGUUCGAGAAGCCAAUGACCUUGCCCAAGAGAUGCACAAAAAGACAGAGUUCCAUGUCACUCUGCAAAUUCCAGCAGCUAACUUAAGCCCAAAUAGACGUAGAGGAGCAUUUGUAAGUGAGCCAGCUAUUUUGGUGAAACGUAAGGGCCACAAUAGCCAGAUCUGGUCAAUGGAGAAGUUUGAAAACAAAAUCAUUGACAUGCGAGAGCUGUAUGAUGAACGCAAAAGUUUGGAACUCCCUCUGAUGGUACAUGAAGAAAGUGAUACUAACUGGGAUGGAACUGCUUCCAAGGGUGACCCAUUCUAUGAAUCACAAGAGAACCACAACCUGAUUGGUGUUGCCAAUGUUUUUCUAGAAUGUCUCUUCUAUGAUGUGAAGCUUGACUACCAUGUUCCAAUUAUCAGUCAACAAGGAGAGAUUGCUGGCAAACUCCAUGUGGAGAUAUCAAAAUUGUGUGGCACCUUAUGGGACAAAUACUCAGAUGUCAGUUCUGAAGGAAGUGAUUAUGAAUCAAAAAGGUCUUCUUCAGCCUUGGAUUUUGAUGAUGAAGGUAGCAAUUUGGCUGUUGGCGUUCCACUCUACAUUCGUAUUUCCAUUAGAGAAGCCCGGGGACUUCCUGCUGCUCUUUCAAACUUUGUGUUCUGUCAAUAUUCCUUCUGGGGACAACCGGAGCCAAUUGUUGUAGCGCCCGUUGUGAAUCCAGAAUUUUGUGUACGAGACAAGGAGGAUGGAGCAACAGUACAAUUUGGACAUUCCAAGAACUACAAAGAUGAGAAUGCUAGUGCAAUAAGAGAUUUCAAAGUGUGUGUCACUGAAGAAUUUAUUGAACAUGCUUCUGAAGGGGCGCUUUCUAUCGAGGUGUGGGGCCAUCGUAGCCCUGGCUUCAGCAACAACAAUACUUGGGACCCUGACAACAGACAAGCCAGGUCUCGUUCAUUGCUCGACAGGUGGAAUGAAGUGAUGCGUAAAAUUGAGUUCUGGGUAGAAGUGCAUGAACUAAAUGAACAAGGCGAGUACACUGCAGUGGAAGUGACACCCAAACCAGAAGUGCCUUCUGCUGGAGUCUUUCAACUUCGACAGGGUCAUUCCAGACGUGUGAUGGUACGCGUCAAACCCGUGGCUAACUCUGGGACUCUACCUUUGAUCUGCGAGUCCAUAGUGUCCAUUUCGAUGGGUUGCAUCUGUGUACGUUCUAAACUACAAAAAGGGUUGGACAGUUACCAGGAAGAGGAUUUAAAUUUGCUGGGUGACCGAUGGUCUGAAGCCCUUAUGAGACGGAAAGCUUACCUUGCAGAACAAUUCCAGAAGCUGAUUAACAAACAAGAUAAGAAUGAGGCUGAAGCAGACCGUGAAAAAUCUCUUGUGGAACAAUGGAUUGGUUUGACUGAGGAACGUAAUGCAGUAUUAGUCCCUGCUGCUGGAAGUGGUAUACCAGGAGCACCUGCUGACAGUGAAACUCUUCCUGACAUGGAGCAACAUGUCCCUGUUCUGUUUUUAGACUUGAAUGCUGAUGAUAUGAGCACUCCGAGUGCCAAGGAGGGAUUGCAGGCAGCUGGAAUUAACUCCAUUCUUCCUAAAGAACACGGGACCAAAUUCUUCAGUCUACCAAUCAUCAAGACUUGCGGAGAAAAAGAUAUUUGUGCAAUUGCAUCAUGGGACUCAUCUAUUCAUGACUCUCCAUUCCUGAACCGAGUUACUCCGUCAAACGAACGCGUUUACCUGAUCCUAAAAGCCAUAGUCCGACUAAGUCACCCAGCCUCUAUGGAGUUGGUCCUGCGCAAACGGAUGUGUAUUAAUAUCUACAAGAAACAAGGACUCACCGAUAAACUCAAGAAAAAGAUCACCAAAUCUGAUCAAUUUUAUGGCAGUGGUGUCACCUAUGAAGUUGUUUCUAAUAUUCCAAAGGCUUCAGAAGAUCUUGAGAACAUGGAGACCCUUGCCCAGAUGGCAGCAUCCCAAAAUGAGACAAAUGCUGCUGAUGGUGAAACUUAUAUUGAGAAAUAUAUUAAAGGUGUGUCUGCUGUGGAAAGUAUUCUCACAUUGGAUAGAUUACGACAGGAAGUUGCUGUUAAAGAGCUGUUGUCUGCCUCUGGCCGUUCCCUGCGUAAGACCACCAGUGUGCCUAAUAUCCACCAGGCAUUAGUAUCCCCACCUAGACUUGAUGAUCAGUUGCGGGCUGACAGCAUUCAAGAUCUUUCAUUCCAAGAACUGUAUUCAUCGUCAUCACUUAAAUCCGGUGGCAGUUCCUAUGCCGGUGAGUCACUGACGAGAAAACGAGCCUUUUCUGAGGUUGGGGCAAACAUAGCAAAUGCUGCCAAGGAAGGUGGUCUGUUAACACGAAGACGUUCAGUCGGCUUAGAUGAUUUAAGUACUGUCUGGCUGCUAAAGUUUGCACGCCCAAACUUUUUGAACUUGCGCAGUAACACCCAGGGUAACACUGCUAAGCCAACCCCUAAAUCAACCAUCAGCCCACACGCAUCCAAAGCAGUGAAGCCUUUAAGGACCCUGCAAGAAGAACAGCAACAAAGGGAAAGGAGGCCUCUCCUACAGCAGGAUACUGAGGAGGACCUUGAUGAUGAUUUUGACAUGUCUCAAAAGCUGAGCAUGUUUAACAAGGAAGUGCCCAGCCAUGACAGUGAUGAAUUUCAAGAGUUUGAGUCUUACCAAAGCCAGCAUUGUUCUCCAUUAGCUGACAAGAUGGUGGCUCAAAGACCAACCAGCAUUUCCCAUUCUGUCACUGCUGACAGCCUGAUGGAGAUUCAAACCAAGAGUUUUACACCGAGCAUGACCUCCAGUGGCUAUGGUUCCCAGGCUGUUUCCACUCUCACUUUAUCAUCUGAGGACUCUGUAAGCAUCCGCAGUAUUAAUCUGGACGAGGGUGCCAGUGAAGGCAAGGACAGUCCUCCCAAGAACACCUUCCCAACUCCACUUAGUGACCAGGGGCUAGAGAGCAUCCCUGAUGAGAGCCCUUGUCAAAAUUUCUCACUAAGCGCCAUCACUGACCAAGCAGAAUCAGAAGCCCACCUUGCAGACCUGAUUAAUGGAAAUGUUGUCCCUGACAGCAGCACUUGUCAUGAAAACAGUGACCUGUCACACACAUUAAACCAAAGUGAGGAUUUCGACAAUGCUGAUGCACUGGAAGCAACAGGUGACCACAGAUCUUCAACCUCUUCUUUGAUGGACCUCAAUGUUCCAUUGAUCAAUGACACUCCUUUGCAACCUGUCUCUCCUCAUUUAGGAGAGCAAGGAUUCACCUCAAACACUGAUCUAGAUGAUGACAGCCUUUUGGCAGAUGCUACCAGGAAGAACCUGAAUUUGUCUCAAGAUUCUGUUUUUUUCCCCAUUCCCCCAGAAAAACGUAUGUCCCAACCCGAGCUGGGGGCCCACGACAGCAUUACACAAGACAUGGACUAUGAAAUGUCAUCACCACGUGACCAAAGCACACCUCUUAAGAAAACAAAGUCAGCUGAUGACUGUGAAAUAGGAUCUAGUAUCAAGGACUGUGACUGGGUGGACUCUUAUAGUGAAAAUGCUAUGGCUGAAUUGGAGAAUUUGGACAACAGCUUGACAGAUGUGUCUGCAACAAAGACCAAGUUACAAGUCAGCAGAAAACUGAACAUUGAUGAAUCCUCCCCUGCAGAGAAUAACAACAACAACAACAACAACACAGCAGCAAACAAUUCAUUCAAGGGAAUGUCAAGGAGUGAUUCAAGAAGCUUCUCUGCCCAUAGCCUAGAUCGAAAGAAUUCCUCUGAAAAGCGGACACUAGAGGGUCAUCUAAAAAGAAACACCGGGGGCGGGUCUGGCCGCAAGAGACGUCCCGUUUCCUGCUCCAUCCCUUCUGGUAGUGAAAUGAGCACAUCAACAUCCAUGAAGGAUCUUUCUUAUCAAAACAUGAAUGUUUCCACAUCAAAUGAGACUCUCUCAGGUGGAGAAGACAGCAUGAGUCUGUGUUCAUUUGGAAGCCGUGCUGACCUAGACCGUCUCCAUGAAGGCCCACUGCCCACUUGGAUCCAACAGGGAGAAGGUGUAAUCGUCACGUCAUCCAAGGGAUACUCCAAACCUGGCGUUGUACAAUUCAUUGGCACUGUACACUUUGCUAGUGGAAUCUGGAUAGGAGUAGAACUAGAUAAUCCAGAAGGUAAAAAUGAUGGUUCUGUAAAUGGUACCCGCUACUUCAAAUGUCGCUCAAGACAUGGAAUCUUCGUACGUCAUGAUAAAUUGAUCUGGGACAAAAGGCGCCGCAACUCAAAAAAGAACUCCUCUGGAGUGAGUGGUUCUCAUGCAAACAACCGGCGUAGUCUCGGCAGUUUGACUGCUGUCUCUGGUUCCCUGCCCCUGUCUCGUUCCAGCUCCAAUCUCUCUUCUGCUGCUGCUGCUGCUGCUGGAAAUGGGACAUCAUCGAUGGCAGGUGCCUCAUCUUCAUCCUUCAUGCGACCAACAUCUGCAAGUUCAGCCAAGCGGAAAUAG